CUUCCUUCCUUUUCCUUCCAUUGUGCCCCCGAACCCUCAUCCGCCUCCGCCUCCGCCUCCGCCUCCGCCUCCGCCUCGUCGUCCUCCUCUCCUCCGUUCGGAUCAAACUAGCCAACGAAAUCCCCCGGCGGGCGGCGAGCCGGCGCCGUAGACCAUCCCCCGAUGGGAGAUCGCGAGCCCUGGCACUGACACCUUCCAGCGGCAGCCCUAAUUGACUGUUUAACCCGGUCCGCCCACCAUGGGCGACGACGGCGGCGGAACCGUGCGCCGAAGGCUGGCAGGGUACCUCCGCGCGGUGCUCUCCGUCCCCGCCGCCGACGCGGGAUCCCUCCGCCCGCUCUCCCCCUGCUCCCUCUCCGCCUGCGGCGCCGUGCCCCUCGCGCCGCUCACCGACAGCGGCGGCGGCCGCGGGGGGAACCGCACCGCCCCGCGGGGGUCGGCCAGGUGGAGGGCGUGCGGCGGCGGGGGGAGCAGCGUCGUGCGGCAGCUGAAGUCGCUCGUGGCGCAGCGGUGUGUGGAGGUGGAAGGCAGGGUGCUGAGGGUGAUGGCGAGGAGAGGGGAAGGGGGGGAGGUGGUGGAGGCGAGGGCGGUGGUGCUGGUCGACGUGUACCUGCCCGCCGCCGCCUGGUCUGGGUGGCAGUUCCCGCGUCACCGCGCCUCCGCUGCCGUCGCGGUGUUCAAGCACCUCAGUUGUAAAUGGGAUGCUAGGAAUGCUUUAGUUGAUUUUGACUGGAGUUCUCAUGACAAUCCACACUGUGAUGACCAGUAUACUUGGAGCUGCACUGAUUGCCAUGUCCUUGGUUGUGAGAUUCAUCAGAGAUCGUCUAUAUCAAAUAACGAGAAGUCAUUUGACCUGCAUGAAAUCUUCAAAGUUCUCCCUAGUGUUAGGGUGGAGAAGGGGAUGCAGAUAACAAGAAUAAUACCAGAUAAUAUAUUGGAUAAUGCACCGGGACUCGGUAUCUGGUCUCUUCCUGAUGAUAUAUUGAAUAAAGUAAUAAAUCGGCUUAAACCUAGAGAUUUGAUAAGGGUGGCAUCUACUUGUCAUCAUCUAAGGGCUCUUGCUUCCUCUAUUAUGCCUUGCAUGAAGCUUAAGCUUUUUCCUCAUCAAGAGGCGGCUGUUGAAUGGAUGUUGAAGCGAGAGCAGAACUCAGAGCCCCUACCACAUCCUCUAUGCAAGGAUUUCUGUACUGAUGAUGGUUUACGUUUCUACAUAAAUGUUACCUCUGGUGAAAUAUUUACUGGAAAUGCUCCAACCAUAAAUGAUUUCGGUGGUGGUAUGUUCUGUGAUGAACCUGGAUUAGGCAAGACAGUAACUGCGUUAUCUCUUAUUCUCAAAACACAUGGAACAUUAGCAAACCCUCCGAAAGGGGUGGAUGUAAAGUGGUGCACGCAUAAACCAGAUAAAAAAUAUGGAUACUAUGAAUUCAGUGCCAGCGACAGUUCUAAUAGAACCGAUUUUGUAUCUGGAACAGAGAGGCUUGCGGGGAAGGAUGAUGUUAUCAGAGAAGAUCCGUCCUCAAGUGACUUAUCACAUAAUGGUGGUUCUGUUCCCAGUACACGAUCAUCAAGAAAGAGAGGCAGGUUAGUCGGACCUGAUCUAACUUCGGUCAACAUGCAUGUUAUGGGUGAGAAGUCACCCGAACCAUGCAACUCGCUUCCAAUGCCAGCUACUCAAGUACUAAAGUUCAAGAAAAACUCGAAAAAUGUUAGGAAAAACCUCAUGAAUGCGUACAGCAAAGAUUCUGUUGGCAGUAAAAGGAAAAGAGGCACCGCAUUGGAGUUUAAUGACACAUGGGUGCAGUGCGAUGGGUGCAGAAAGUGGCGGAGGUUAUCAGACAAAACUGAUCUUGAUUCUACCACAGCAUGGUUUUGCAGUAUGAAUGCAGAUGCUGCACGGAAGACAUGCACUGCUCCAGAGGAAUCGUGGGAUUCCAAGGGAAAGAUAACCUAUUUGCCAGGAUUUCACAAGAAAGAUGCAUUACCAGGAGACGAGCAGAAUGUAUCUUUUUUCACAAACAUAUUGAAAGAUAAUGUUUCUUCGAUCAACUCAGAAACCAAGAAGGCCUUAUCAUGGUUGGCGCAACUUUCUCUCAAGAAACAUGUCGAGAUGGAAUCAGUUGGUGUGACACGCCCAGUUCUAGAUGCACGUGCAACCAUAGGCAAGGGGGCCCGCCCGUAUUACAAGAUAUUUCAAGCAUUUGGCCUUGUGAGGAAGAUCGAGAAAGGUGUAACUCGGUGGUAUUAUCCAUCAAUGCUUGACGAAUUGGCCUUUGAUUCAACCGCGCUUGGAAUUGCUCUUGAAAACCCUCUGGAUAUAGUAAGGUUUUAUUUAUCUAGGGCCACCUUGAUAGUUGUGCCUGCUAAUCUAAUUGAUCACUGGACAACACAAAUACAAAGGCAUGUUUCCUCGGAUACGCUUAAUGUUUAUGCAUGGGGAGAUCACAAGAAGCCGUCUGCUCACAUCCUUGCUUGGGACUACGACAUUGUCAUAACCACAUUUAACAGAUUAAGUGCGGAAUGGGGUCCACAGAAGAGAAGUGUUUUAAAGCAGAUCCAUUGGUAUAGAGUAAUAUUAGAUGAAGGACACACAUUAGGUUCCAGUCUAGCCCUGACAAAUAAAUUUCAGAUGGCUGUCUCUUUGGUUGCUUCAAACAGGUGGAUUUUAACUGGUACGCCUACACCAAACACACCGACUAGUCAGGUUGCUCAUCUUCACCCCAUGCUUAAGUUUCUUCAUGAGGAAGUUUACGGUCAAGACCACCAGUCAUGGGACACUGGAAUUCACAGGCCAUUUGAGGCUCAAAUGGAAGAGGGGCGCAUUCGUCUUGUGCAGCUACUUCAGAGGACUAUGAUUAGUGCACGAAAAGCUAAUCUUAGAAACAUACCUCCUUGCAUAAAAAAUAUAACUUUUGUAGACUUCAGUGAGGGGCAUGCGAAAAGUUACAAUGAAUUGGUUGUUACUAUUCGCCGGAAUAUAUUGAUGGCUGAUUGGAACGACCCUUCUCACGUAGAAUCACUUCUGAAUCCCAAGCAGUGGAAAUUCCGUGCUACUACCAUAAGGAAUGUCCGCUUGUCUUGUUGUGUUGCCGGGCAUAUUAAAGUAGAAGAGGCUGGUCAGGAUAUACAGGAAACCAUGGAUGACUUGAUGAAAUUGGGUCUUGAUCCUUCUUCAGAGGAAUAUCAAUCGAUAAGAUAUGCUCUUUUAAAUGGCACUGAUUGUAUCAGGUGUGGAGAUUGGUGCCGCUUGCCUGUUAUAACACCUUGUCAGCAUCUGCUGUGCCAUGAUUGUGUAGCUCUGGAUAGUGAAAAGUGCAUCAAAUGUGGCAACAAUUAUGAGAUGCAGUCUCCCGAAACUCUUGCACGGCCAGAAAAUCCAAAUCCAAAAUGGCCUGUGCCAAAGGAUCUGAUUGAGUUGCAGCCUUCAUAUAAACAGGAUGACUGGGAUCCAGAUUGGCAAUCAACGACUAGCAGUAAAGUUGCUUAUUUGGUCGAUAAGUUGAGAAGUUUACGAGAAGCGAACAUAAAACAUAGGCACUCCACUAACAUAACCAAUGGUGCUGGUCUUGCUAUUGAAUCGUCUUACCAAGAUGAUAAUAAUGUGGAAGUCAGGCUACCACAGGCAAUGUCUCACAAAGUAAUAAUAUUUUCUCAAUUUCUGGAGCAUAUUCAUGUGAUUGAGCAACAGCUGACGAUUGCUGGCAUAACAUAUGCUGGAAUGUACAGUCCCAUGCCUUUAAGCACUAAGAGAAAUGCAUUGACAAAGUUUCAAGAUGAUCCAACAUGCAUGGCUUUACUCAUGGAUGGAACUGCAGCACUGGGCCUUGAUUUGAGUUUUGUUAAUCAUGUUUUCCUGAUGGAACCAAUAUGGGAUAGGAGUAUGGAGGAACAAGUUAUCAGUCGUGCUCAUCGAAUGGGGGCUACUUGUCCCAUAAAUGUUGAAACUUUGGCUAUGCGUGGUACCAUCGAGGAGCAAAUGCUAAAACUUCUACAGGAUUCUAGUGCUUGCAGAAACAUCGUUAAUAAAGGAGCAAGCAGCACUGAAAAUGAAGGGGCUCGGCCUCACCGAAGUCUACAUGAUUUCGCCGAGAGCAGCUACCUGGCGAAACUCAGCUUUGUGAAAGGUUCUAACAAGGCAUGCGCCGAUGCUAACACAAGCUGAUUUGUCCCUCAAAACUUAUUUUUCUUCUUCUUUUCUGUUUCUUUUGAGACAGGUCUUUCAAUUCAUUAUUUUGUACUGUACAAAAAUAAAUAGAACUCCCAUGGUCACAAAUUUCAUUGCCCACAAAUGUUUCUGUUGAACCUAUGUUCAUUUUUCCUUGAAACAGAACGUGACCUUGUUAUUAUUUGCCCAUACGGACACCAUGUAGUCGGUUUUGACGAUAUGCUAA